AUGGAGGUUCCACUGCCGGGUCUCAUCCGGUGUCCGGGGGGACUCCGUUUGGGAGAAAAGCUGCCAAGUCAUUCGACUCCCAGCGAGUUUGGGGACCCGGCUGACCACCCCCACCUCAGCCUGAGCCCCUGGCGGCUGUCGCUUCCCUGGCAUCCGGGGCCCUCCUCGCCCCCCCACCCCCACCCCCGCCAAGUGACCCCGCCCAGCCGGCCCUGCCCAGGCCACCGCCACCAACCCACAGGCCCGGGUCCCCGCGCCCCAGGCUGGAGGCGGCGGGGGUGCUCCCGACAGCGGGCGGCCAGCUGGUUCCCUUCAGGGGCGGCCGCGCGCCCUCCCCCCAGGGUUGUAACCCGAGCCGCCGCGGCGCCCCGCCGCCCGAGCCCCGACAGCGAGUCCGCAGGCGCCAUGGGCCGCGGGGCCUGCGUCCCCUCGGCGGCGUCGGGGGCCCGCGACCAGGCCCGCCGGCUGGGAGCCGUGCUGGGCGCGCUGUGCCUCCUCCCCGCGCUCGUGCUGCUGGCCCGGCCGGGGGCCCCGGCGAACCGGCCCGCGGCGAGCGCAGCGCAGGGAGACGCUGAGCCCCAGGCCGCCGGCGCGCUCAUCACCCCCAGCCUCGGCCCGCCGCUCCCCCCAGCGCCCCGCCGACGCCGCUACACGCUGACCCCCGCCAGGCUGCGCUGGGACCACUUCAACCUCACAUACAGGAUCCUCUCCUUCCCGAGGAACCUGCUCAGCCCCAGCGAGACCCGGCGGGGCCUGGCCGCCGCCUUCCGCAUGUGGAGCGACGUGUCUCCCUUCAGCUUCCGCGAGGUGGCCCCCGAGCAGCCCAGCGACCUCCGCAUAGGCUUCUACCCGGUCAACCACACCGACUGCCUCGUCUCGCCGCUGCACCACUGCUUCGACGGCCCCACGGGCGAGCUGGCCCACGCCUUCUUCCCCCCGCACGGCGGCAUCCACUUUGACGACAGCGAGUACUGGGUCCUGGGCCCCACGCGCUACAGCUGGAAGAAAGGCGUGUGGCUCACCGACCUGGUGCACGUGGCGGCCCACGAGAUCGGCCACGCGCUGGGCCUGAUGCACUCCCAGCACGGCCGGGCGCUCAUGCACCUCAACGCCACGCUGCGCGGCUGGAAGGCGCUGUCGCAGGACGAGCUGUGGGGGCUGCACCGGCUCUACGGCUGCCUGGACCGGCUGUUCGUGUGCGCGUCCUGGGCGCGGAGGGGCUUCUGCGACGCCCGCCGGAGGCUCAUGAAGAGGCUGUGCCCCAGCAGCUGCGACUUCUGCUACGAGUUCCCCUUCCCCACGGUGGCUGCCACCGCGCCGCCCCCCAGGACCAAAACCCGGCUGGUGCCCGAGGGCAGAAACGUGACCUUCCGCUGCGGCCAGAAGAUCCUCCACAAGAAGGGCAAAGUGUCCUGGUACAAGGACCAGGAGCCCCUGGAGUUCUCCUACCCCGGCUACCUGGCGCUGGGCGAGGCGCACCUCAGCAUCAUCGCCAACGCCAUCAACGAGGGCACCUACACGUGCGUGGUGCGCCGGCGGCAGCGCGUGCUCAGCACCUACUCCUGGCGCGUCCGCCUGCGCAGCUGAGGCCGCCAGCGGGGCUGAGGCCGCUGAUAAAGCACUUUCUCGCUCAA